AUUACAGAACAGGCCCAUGUUUUACACAAGUUAACAACCAGAUGUGUCAGGGCCAGUUAACUGGAAUUGUUUGCACAAAAACCCUCUGUUGUGCAACCAUUGGGCGUGCAUGGGGUCACCCCUGUGAAAUGUGCCCUGCUCAACCUCAGCCAUGCCGUCGUGGUUUCAUCCCUAAUAUUCGCACUGGAGCAUGUCAAGAUGUUAAUGAAUGCCAGGCUAUCCCUGGAGUCUGUCAAGGAGGAAACUGCAUUAAUACAGUAGGUUCGUAUGAGUGCAAGUGUCCUGCAGGUCACAAACAGAAUGAGGCAACUCAAAAAUGUUAUGAUGUUGAUGAAUGCAGCAUCAUCCCAGGAAUCUGUGAAGGGGGUGAAUGCUCUAACACUGUGGGAAGUUACUUCUGCAUCUGCCCACGGGGUUAUGUCACAUCUGCAGAUGGCUCCCGCUGUAUUGAUCAGAGGGCAAGUACAUGUUUCUCCAGCGUAGUGAACGGCCGCUGUGCACAGGAGCUCCCCGGUAGGUUCACCAAAAGACAGUGCUGCUGUGAGUCUGGCCGAUGCUGGGCCAUCAGGUCUGUUCCAGAGAUGUGUCCUGUCAGAGGAUCUGAUGAACACCGCAGACUUUGUGUGGUUGGUCCUCCUGCUGGCGGUGAUUCCAGAGGUGGUGGGACAGGAGGAAACGGUUUCCUUCCUGGUGGCAAUGGCAACAGCUAUGGCCCAGGAGGGGCAGGAUUCAUUCCCAUCCCUGGAAGCAAUGGUUUCUCCCCAGGUGUAGUUGGAGCAGGGGUAGGGACAGGUGGUCAAAGUCCAACUGGAAAUGGCCCAAUAAUUACAGGGCUAACAAUACUCAAUCAGACUAUAGACAUCUGUAAGCACCAUCCCAACCUUUGUUUAAAUGGACGUUGUAUACCAACCCUUUCCAGUUACCGAUGUGAGUGCAACAUGGGAUAUAAGCAGGAUGAAAAUGGGGAUUGUAUUGAUGUUGAUGAAUGCACAUCAAACCCAUGCUCUAAUGGAGACUGUGUCAACACACCUGGUUCCUAUUACUGCAAGUGCCACACAGGUUUCCAGAGAACUCCAACCAAACAAGCUUGCAUUGAUGUAGAUGAGUGCAUCCAGAAUGGUGUUCUUUGUAAAAAUGGUCGGUGUGUAAACACUGACGGAAGUUUCCAAUGUAUUUGCAAUGCUGGGUUUGAACUGACUGCAGAUGGAAAAAAUUGUGUGGACCAUGAUGAGUGUACCACUACAAACAUGUGUUUAAAUGGAAUGUGUAUAAAUGAAGAUGGGAGUUUUAAAUGCAUCUGCAAACCCGGAUUUGUUCUGGCCUCAAAUGGUCGUUACUGUACCGAUAUUGAUGAAUGUCAGACAUCAGGAAUUUGCAUGAACGGACAUUGCAUAAAUUCCGAAGGAUCCUUUCGGUGUGAGUGCCCACCUGGCCUGGCUGUUGGAGUCGAUGGUCGUGUAUGUGUAGAAUCAGUUCUCCAAAUAAACCUAGGGAUUGACCAGGAAAACCUCAUGAAUGUAGAACUGAGAGUAGGCAUAAGGGACUUCUCCCUCAUUUGGGAAAUGACAGGACCACUUGAAUUUGCCAUUGAUUUUCAGUUAGCUGGGUUAGUAACAGAGCAGUUUUUCACUCCAGAUUCAGUGUUCAGUGGACUGUUUCCAUGGAGUGAUCAUUUAUCUGAUAUUAAUGAGUGCGCAUUGGAUCCUGAUAUUUGCACGAAUGGAAUCUGUGAAAACCUACGUGGCAGCUAUCGUUGUAACUGUAACAGUGGCUAUGAGCCUGAUCCUUCUGGAAGGAAUUGUGUGG